UUCUUGUAAAACAAAGGGGGGCCUAGCAAAAAAAGUUUGGGAACCACUGCUGUAAACACUCCUCUUUGCACUUAAACUACAAAGACUAAUAGCUCAACAGUGCGAUGUCUGUAUGUGGCCAUUGCAUGCAUACUUAAGAACUUGUUACACUGUUCCCCUUUUAAGUCAAACGAGCUUGAAAUAUUAAAAAGUUGGCAGGAAAAAGCUUUUUUGAGCAAUUUUGCAAGAUCGUGUUAGCUUAAUUUGCUACAGUUGAUGAAUUUUGCUAACGACAUUUGUCAGAAUCAACAGCAGCCGGAUAGAAAUGAGAAGCCUUUUAUCUACUUGUGCCUAAAAUCAAUUAUUCUUAAAAAAUUCAUGCCCACUGUGUCAAAAACAAAAAAGUCUGAAUGGUUGCUGUCACCGUGCAUGUGCCGUAUACGUGACAGACAUAGCAGCACAACGUUGAUGUUGUAUGUAUGAUGUACCCUGAAUGUGAACAAUGCUUCUAAUAAUAUCACAAUCUUUUGUUUUUUUCCAGUUCAUUUGUUGCCUGCUUUUUAAGCACCAUGACAACCGUUACACACACAAAUAUGCCUAUUUUCAUAUCCUCAGACUCACAUAUAUAGACGAUGGGUCGCCCAUUUUAAAGCACAGCCCAUGAAAUGUAGCUUCCAUGCAGUUCAGUAGCUGGCUAAAUGCUUAACCCUACGUCUUUUACAUCUCAGCCUUAACCAUUUUCCCAUAACACCAGGAGGGAAGGCUUCUUGCCGAGCUUUCAAUAAUAAACGAUUAAGUUGGGGGUUUAACGUGCUUCAGCAGAUAAUGGGGUGGAAAGAAGGAGGCUAUCAAAGAACAAAGUGCUUUUAACACAGAAAACCACCAACAGGAAGUACACAGGUUUUAAUGGUGGGGAGCUCUGGGUUCCAAGUGACAUCAAUCAUAGAUGACUAUGGACUUAUUUCACAAUAAUCUAGAGAGUUAUUUUUAUAGUAACCAUUAUUUCUGAUUCAAGUCAUGUCUUAAGAUUACAUAAAUGUAAUAUUAGUGAAAAUUAAUGAUCCUUUUGUGUUCUAAAUAAUCUUUAUAAAAGAGGAGCCUCAAAGCCCUUCCUUUAGGGAAAAAGUAGGUUAAACCGGCUUUUUUUCUGCAUAUAGGACAAAAUCAGAAAAUCAGCCUUUUUCCAUUUCAGCAACAACACAACACAUAACUAUUAUUUAACCAUUAUAUUCACUAUGUGUUCACUUGAAAAGUUAAAUCCUAGUUAUGUUAGGUCACGCCUGGAGGCUUCUGGUUAGGUUGUGCACUCUUAGCUAAGCAAAGUGUUUGAUCUCCACAGUUGCAAAGCAAUGACCAAGAGAUUGAGAUUUCAGAUUAUUCCACUUGAGUGCUUCAGUAGGUCUGUGAUUUUUCUUGAGCUUUUGGAUGCUGAUAAUUCUGAUUUCUCGCUGAGCCUGACUCUUGAUUUACAGAGUAGGGCUAGUUGGGGUGGGGCUCAUAGCUCCAGUCAGUAUUUCAAUGCUUAAAAUCAGUGUUCACUGGAGCAAAUAGUAGUGACACCUAACAGAGGGUGCUGGAUACAUUUGCACUGUGAGUAAAUACUCCAUACAAUGCAGGCUGGUAAUAGAAACGCUCUGUUCUGUUAACAGAUCUUGACACCAGGGGGGAUGUGCAGUGCUUAUUCAAAGAAUUGCACAACUACAUUGCUUCACCAGAAGGCAUUCAUUGUAAUCGCACCCUCUGUAAUUACAUCUGUCAUAACUGCUCUUUAUUUAUCCACUAUAUCUGUGGCUUCUUGGACACAACCAUAGCUGACCAUCUCUGAAAUCUGCACACACACACGUGCACACACAUGACAUGACACAGACAACCAGAUGCUAACAUAAACAAAUAACCAAAGAGUCACAGAGUGCCCUGCAGUGUUGCCAGUCAUUCUCUUUAUGUCUGACUGCUUCUCAGUGAAAUGGCAGGCCUACAAAAAGGCUGCUUCAGUCUCGGAAAAAAAGAAACAUUUGUCUCUUCAGUCUAGAUGUGGAUGCUGUCUGCAUACAGAUGUUAGCCCUGGGGCACUGAAACUAAUACCAUAUGGCAUAGCCUUCCUUUCACGUGCUUGAUAGUGUCGAUGGCAGGGCUGAAUAAUGGUUAUUCCUUCAUUCUUUAUCAGUGUACAGGUUCAGAUAAGAAGCAGCACUUCAUCUACCUUUGCUUAUUGGCUAAGGAAUCCAAUAUUAUGAGUGUGGGGGUUUUUUUUCACAGUGGAGCUUGUUUUUUUUCUCGUGUCAGUGUGUUAUUGCUCCACAUCUCAAUCCCUGCAAAUUCAUUCUGAAUAGAUGUGUUAGAGAGCUGCAUGUUUUUGAAGCCUGGACUCAGACAAAUGAGUUGGAUGCAAGGAAACGAUGCAGCUUUGUCCGAUAGUUGACUGUACCUGUGUUGUGUUUACCUAAAGGGGAGGCUGUCAAAAUGUAAAAUCAGUCAAUGUAAAACAUUGAAAAAUGAAUGCCCAGGAUUCACUGAAAUGAUGGUCGGAUGCUUUUAGUUUGGCUUCAUGUGCUAUAAUAAAUAAUAAGAACCGGAUUCUUGGUGAGGAAAAAAAUAAUAAUGUAAAGAUCAAAACUCAACAGCUUUACAGACCUCUUUAUUUAUUGUAAAAAAUAAUUAAAUAUAUUUUUCAAUACCGUAAUAAAGUAAUUUAUUACAUUGCUUUGAAUAUAUGUUUGGUUAAAGGUUGUAAUACCUCAGUUGACCCCUGGGAUGGGAUAAAAUUGGCAUGAAAGGCUGAGUAGGGGUGACAUAAUCCAGCUCUCGUAAUACAUUCACGUUUGGCCUGAAGAUUUGUCUUGUUUAUUAAAACAGUCAACAGCUGAAGCAGCAGCAGCAGAUGUGAUGCGUAAUCAUGCUUCCCACUUUUCGAAGACACCACUAUGUCUGAUGCCCAUCACAAAUCAGCAGUGGGCUGCAAUAAAAUCAUGUUUAGUGCAACGCUGCUGUGCAGUAAAAUAAGAUUAAUUGUUUGUAUGAUGACCGAUAUCAGCGGAGGGAUAAAAAAUGUAAUUAUAUACUUGCUCUGGAGUAAGAUGAAUUGUUAGAUCAACAGAUAGAGUUAUAUUGUGCAUAUUGAGAAGAGCUAACAUCCGAAUGAGUUUUAUGACUUAAUAAUCAACCUGUGGUCAUAAACUAAAUAUAUGUAUUAUCAAAAGGAUGAGUUGUAGUGGUGCCUGGGUUUAGUUUAAAAGUUAGGAGCAUUGAUAUUUGAAGGUGGAAGUAUGGCUCCUUCACAUUGUCUGAUGGUAUUCUGGGCUAACUGAAAGCAGCUCUGGUGCACACUGGAGGGAUACUGUAUCCGAUCUUCCCUGGAAAUGCCUAAGGAGGAGUUGGAGGUUGGGGCUGGGGAAGAGGAUCUAAUAAUCUACUGAGCUUGCAGCAGAAGACCUAGACCUGAAAAAGUGGUCCUGAAUGCACAGAUCAGUCAGUCAGUCCUGAGUUAACAGCAUCCUUUUCUCUCAAAUGGCAUGCAAAAGCUCUGGGUAGUCAUGUUCAGCUGGUUUAUACAAGAACAUUUGCAUUGAUUGGUUCUUCAUAAAGCAGUAAUAUUAAAAGGUUGUAAUUUUUUGUGAGAUUUCAUCUUCGAUUCACAUCAUGUCUCUUCUUUUCAAUGACUAUUAUAAGAGAUUUAGUUUGGGGUCAGCCUUCUACUUUAAUGUGCUUUUAAAGGGAGAAAACACAGCUAUAUACAUAUAGACAUGGUUACACAUCUGCACACACGCUUUCUCAGGCAGUGAUAUGCAGUCUUCUGUCCUCAGGACUGCAAAGAUCUCAUUUAGAUAACUCUCCUGAUCUCUCGGUACCUCCCAGAGUCACCCUUCUUUGCUGUAUCCAUCUAUUAUGUUACCACACGAUGAGAUAACAACUUUAGCUGAUCCUUUCCCUUGAUAGUGAGAGAUCGGUGAGAGACCUGAAGAAAGCAGCUGACCUGGAUAGCUCCCUUUCGCAAAUGUUUCUGUCAUUUGCAGUGAUUGUGAUUGCGUCAAGCAUCACGCUGCAUCUGUAUUGUGACAGCUACGAUGUACCCGCUCAUUAGACACGUGGAGGGUAUUGAUGCUCUUAAAGAGUGUGGUACUUAGCCGUGAAAUGCCAUCAUUUUAACCGUCUCUGCUUAUGUUGCCAUCUCCAUGUGCGACUGCGUAUAUAAGAUGUAGAUUUAGGAUAUGGAAUUAAAUUCACAGUCUUUCCUUAAUCUAACCAGUGUUUUAAUAGUGACAAACCACAUGAUAAACACAAUUAUUCAUAAUUUAUAUAAUUAUUUUUGUAUAACAACAAAUUUUCCCUUUUGAACAAAGGAAAAAAACUGAUAUCGUUUUUUAUUGCAUGAACUCCAAAAAUUAGACCAUUGCUUAAAAUUGACCGUUUAAGGUUUGAGUGUUUUGUUCUUCGAAUGUUAAGAGCCAGUGACUGCAAAUAAUUUCAAACUGUUGCCCUAACAGUACUUGACAUUUAGCAUUUGAUUUUAUUGGUCUGUGGUUGUCAAGGGAAGUAGGACAAUACUUCACUUUGAGAAUGCCACAGAAAACUGCAAGAUGAACGGCCUGACAUACUGACAUCUAUAAGACUGAUAAAUCAGUUAGAAAAAUUACAUACAUCAUUACAUCCGGAUUUAAUGAUUCACAAUCAGUCAAUCAGAUGAAAAGCUGAUGUUUUGCAAAAUAAGCCAAAUUUAUUUAAUGACAAGUAUUUAUAGCUAAGCCCCAUUUACAUGAUUGGAGACCAUCUUGCAACCAUCUGGUGGAUUCCACAAAAAGUUGGUGAGUGGUUGAUGGAGGUUUCUGGCACUCACAUGUGUGAAAUUGGAUGUGGAGAGGUUUGUGGCGCUGCACCAAAAAGACCUCCUUGUGCUUUGUGCUUUUGGUUGCUAGCAGGUUGCAAGCUAGCAACCUGGAAGACCCCAACUUGUCUGCAAACACUGGCAAAUUUAAUGGCAGGCAGAGGUGAACUAUGAAAUGUGCAACGCAAACUGGAACAUGACAAGGCUUGCCUUCAAACUUUGAGCUCUUUUAACACGGGUUGGGUUGCAGCAGUAACUGGUAAAGUAAAAACAGUCCUCAUUUAUCAUGAGAACACAGAUAAAUGUCAUACAUAAUUUGUUUCCUUUCUUCCCAAGUGAUUAACCAAAAAGAACUCCAAACUGUCAGAGUUCACUACUUUGAAGGAAAAAAUGUAUCCUGUAAUAUUUGUUUCAGCUCUUCAGGAAGAAGCGGACCUUGAAUUCUUGAUGUAACAUGACACAAAAUGCUUACAGUUAAAUUUGUCUGCAGAAACACAUUUCUUGUGUCUCAUUUCCUGACUAUUAAAACACAUACCAAUGAGUACCUGCUAAAAAUGAAUGUUCUUUCAGAUGGAAGUUCAUUGCUUUCCUUGUGCCUCCAAUUCAGUUUUUCAGUAAUGCAUUCAGAUAUACUCCACAUCCAUGUGCAGCACAACCAGCAGCAAUCUCUGCUCAAGCCUGAAAUGUACCGUAUCAUCAGCCUUGCACUCCACGAGUAUACAUUAGAUAUACUAAACUUGCAGAUUUCUUUCAGCCCUUGGCUUUUGCUCAGGCUACCUUUUUUCAUAUUGGCAUUAUUUGAAAACAACAGUGCAUUCAAUAUUUUAUUUGUAUUUGGCUUGCUGCCUUGCAUAGGUGUCAUUUCCCAUCCCCUCUUUCUCUCUCUCUGUAAGGGAAAAAUGCUGUACAGUGUUAUCCUGACAGCCUGGCACUGCUUCUGUGAGACUGUUUGCCCUCAGCACAAGGCCUGUCCGCGGCUGCCACCGCUCAAUGUCCCCUUUGCGUCGGCAAACGGCCAGACUGUCACAGUCUCUGACUGGACCAGCUGUUUUUUUUUCUCUCUUUCUUCCAUCUUAUCUCCUCCGUCACACUCUCUGUCUUCCUCCCUGUGACUUGUCGUGUGAAAGAGGCAGUGAUAGGCCGCCUGGCGAUGCAGCUCUUGACACAAACGUUGAUAUCCGCACACGCUGGCAUCGGUGGGAGACAGUUUUGUAUGUGUGUGUGUGUUGGCCAAAGCGACCAGCACACAAACACCAUCCUGUGGAUUGUGGGAACGCAGAGGACACUCACGCUCUGUUGUUUUUGUGCUUCUGUUGAUGGACACGUUUGCCAGGGUUUUCCAGCAUGUUUGGGAAGAAGAAGAAACGGCUGGAGAUCUCAGCUCCGUCUAACUUCGAGCACCGGGUCCACACGGGCUUCGACCCACGGGAGCAGAAGUUCACCGGCCUGCCACAGCAAUGGCAGAGCCUCCUGGCAGACACUGCCAAUCGGCCCAAGCCCAUGGUGGACCCCUCCUACAUUACCCCCAUACAGCUGGCACCAAUGAAGAUAUCUCCCAAGAAAGUCCGGUCAUCCGAAACGCCGUUGCCCAAAACCAUUGUUCGAGGGAACCGGCCACCCAAAGAUGCAUCCAUUAACGGCCUGCUGGAGGAGUUCGACAACAUUUCGGUAACACGUUCCAACUCCCUGCGUAAAGAGAGCCCGCCAGGCCCCCAUCAGGCUGGAGGCAUCUCCAAACCCUCGGGCAGUGGCCACCUCACUGCUCCAGAGGAGAACGGAUUCAACCACUACUACUCCCGCUACUCGUGUGACCUGGACACGUCCAGCAGGGACUUUUCUCUGGACCCCGGCAAGCCAAGCUUCUCCAUAGAUGGGGAUUGGGCACUUGGCAGGCACUAUCGAUUCACCAAGCAGAAUGGCCACUCACACCCCAUACGCAGCCCCUUUUACCCUGAUGCCAUGCCUCAGAAAUCAGACUAUGGCAAACUUCCACCUGACUAUCACACCUAUCUGGAGAGCAAAGGGCGGUCGGCGGAUGAGGUGGCCUCUACGGUGGGUAGCGGAGUAGGUUCCAGCGGCUACUACCGGGCAUCGGUGGGGGGUUCAUCCAGCCAGGACUACCGGGACACAUCAGUUGGCACACCGUCUCGUGCAUCACUACACAGCGAGCAGAUUAACUACCCCGACAGUGAGUGGAGUUACGGCGGCAUGAGGGACGAAUAUGAGAAGCGACCCAAGAGUUCCUACGUGACCCAGACCAGCCCCACGCCUGCCAUCAGGCAGCGAUCUCGGUCAGGCUCUGGGCUGCAGGAGCCAAAUGUCCCCUAUGCCGCCAGUGGGACUUUCAGGAGCCCGCCACAGGCCCACCCGUACAGCUCCUACACCUACCCUCGCCUUUCGGAGAGUCUCGCCAACUCACAGACUUUAACCAAGGGCGACUAUGAGCGUCCGUCACGCGAUGACAGUCCCCAGGUCGCAGGUGGUGACACGUACCCCCGAGGGCCUCUUAAGCUACCUCAGAGCCACACGAAGCCGCCUGGCUACCCCUCGGUGCACCUGCCGUACCCCCCGAUCUUUCACCAUUACAAACCCUCUCCUUACCAUCAUCCUCCCUCCCAGCCCAGUCCACCAUAUACCCCGCAGGGGGCCUACUCACAGCCUUCGUCACCUUACGUCCCCCCAGGGGCUUAUCCGCCUCCUUCCUGGGGGUCGAGCUCUGACACGCAGCCCUCCAGAGUUUCUCAUGAGCAGUUCAGAGCAGCACUUCAGCUGGUGGUCAACCCUGGCGACCCUCGGGAAUACCUGGACAGCUUUAUUAAGAUUGGCGAGGGAUCCACAGGUAUUGUUUGCAUCGCCACCGAGAAGCACAGCGGAAAGCAGGUGGCAGUGAAGAAGAUGGACCUCAGAAAACAGCAGAGAAGAGAGCUGCUUUUUAACGAGGUGGUGAUCAUGAGGGACUACCAUCAUGAAAAUGUUGUGGACAUGUACAACAGUUACCUGGUGGGAGACGAGCUUUGGGUCGUCAUGGAGUUCCUGGAGGGAGGGGCACUCACUGACAUUGUGACUCACACCAGGAUGAACGAGGAGCAGAUUGCUACGGUGUGUCUGUCGGUGUUGAAGGCUCUGUCCUACCUGCACACACAGGGCGUCAUCCACCGUGACAUUAAGAGCGACUCCAUUCUCCUGACUAGCGAUGGCAGAAUCAAGCUAUCAGAUUUUGGCUUUUGUGCCCAAGUUUCCAAAGAGGUACCCAAGAGGAAGUCCCUCGUGGGCACACCCUACUGGAUGGCACCAGAGGUUAUCUCAAGAUUACCUUACGGGACUGAGGUGGACAUCUGGUCUUUAGGCAUUAUGGUGAUUGAGAUGGUGGAUGGAGAGCCCCCUUACUUCAAUGAGCCCCCUCUGCAGGCCAUGAGAAGGAUACGAGACAACCUGCCCCCACGGCUAAAGGAGUCCCAUAAGGUGUCAACCGUGUUACGCUCCUUCCUGGACCUGAUGCUGGUGAGGGAACCGUCCCAGAGAGCCACAGCGCAGGAGCUCCUCCAGCACCCCUUCCUAAAGCUCUCGGGACCCCCUUCCUGUAUCGUUCCCCUCAUGAGACACUACCGCCAUCGCUGACCUGCUGACUCAAACCCCAGCCCUCUCCUCCACAAAAAAGAUUCACAUAAACACACCACCAGGGUGGCACUGCCCUCACCCAGCCAAAACACCCCACUGCUUGGUGGUGUGCCACCAACUUUCACACCUGUAACCGUGAAGUAGAUUAGCUAGAGGAAUAUCUAAGACAUACAUUAAUAAAAAAAAAUUAAAAAACACAAGACAAAGCAAAGAAGAAAAAAAACUAUUGAAACCAUGAACUGGAGUAGAAGAGCGUAAUGUGCCAGAGGAAACUCUAGACAUCCAGUAAACUACGCAGACUGCCUCGCCCUGCUGCAGUCUUCUUUCUUCCCAGACUGUAAGUCUUCAGCGCCAUGUAGACUUGUUGUAGCCAUCCAGAGCUUCUCAGAGGGGGUGUGACAACAUGGAAGGACCCAAAGCGACCAGCGUGCUGCUCCAGACCCGAGCAGCAGAGGGCAGAACAAUCAGUGUGAAGAGAGAGCGGGUUUUUGACUGGUCACGACUGUUUACCGCGUCGUCGGUUCAUCAUAAGGAGCGCAGGCUGCUGCUCAGAGACGAGCUCUCUCGCAUCUCUUGUCACACACUAACAGUGAAAAUGUAUUUUAGAGAAACCUGUAAGUUUUUCUGUACAGUUUUGAUAACUUGCAGUAUUUUAUCGUGUCGUAACCAUUGUGAUAUGAGCGGUAUUAAAUAGAGUUUCUGCAGAGAUCUUUCCUACUGUUUAUAAUCCAAUUUUUGCUUAAAGAUAUAAGAGAUAUCCCAAAUAAACCCACCUAAAACCUGUUACUAAAAAAAAUACUAAAUAUAUUUAUUAUCUUACAUUUGUAGACAGAACUUCCAUUAAAUGUUGGGAAAAAAGGGUAAGGUCAGAAUUUUGUAUGACAUUUUCAAAUAUUUAUUUAUUUAUUGGAACUGAAGGUAUAUUUUUUUGGUAGUGUGGCCUUUUUUGUUUGGUUUUUGUUUUUUGGGGGUUUUUUUGUUAGGUUUUGACUUCAAUUUCUAAGAGCGCAUUUGGCAGACAGUCGGUUUAUCAUCCAAGCAAUACCCCAGACCUGCUGUAUUUAUGAAUCCAUGACGCCCUGUAUUUAUGAUACUGUAACAACAUCAUGCAUUUAAAUGUAGCACAGACUGAGUGGAUUUGAGAAAGGACAGAAAAAAAAACUAGCUUCACGCAGACUUGUUUUUUUUUAUAUUAGCAGUCUCACUGUGUUUCUUUCUUAAUGCCAAAGAGGCGCCUGUCCAAGACGCCUCCCUACCGCACAGAGUUUAGGAUGCUGAUAAAAGGUUUUCUGCUCACAUCCUCGCUGUCAUCAUCUCACUCCUUAUCCCACCUCAGUCAGUCAGACACACACACUCGCUAUCACCGGAGCUUUGCUGCCAUUCUCAUCUCUAGUUUGGACCAGGAGAACAGUGUUAUCCCCUUCCCUGUUUUUACCCAUCAUUCACUGUGAUAUGUAAAUAUGACUGUGUGUACGUGAGCCUGUGCGUCUGCGUAUGUCAAAGAGCAAAAGAGGUGGAGAGGUGUUUAUCUCUACAGCAUCUGAAAGUGUGUGUGUGCGUGUGUGCGUUUGUGCGUGCGCUGCUGGCUAAGCCUUGACAGUGAGUCAAGAUUUGAAUGAGUAAACACUUAUCUGUGGUGUUGGCUUGUAUAGUGAUAUUGCAUGUUUGUUAUCAGUGAAGCUGGUUUCAAUUAAAAAAAACAAAAAACACCCAUAAAAA